UUGGGUUCAGGGAUUCUCAAACAAGAACUUUGGCUUUAUCAACAAUCAAACUGCCUGCUACCCUUGUGGCAAUUACAUCCUCUUCCUGGACAUUGAAACAAAGAAGACGACAGUGCUGCAGUGUGAGACUGGCCAGGUGGGAGCCUUUGCAGCGAAUGGGAACAGUCAAGUGCUGGCCUUUUCAGAUCGGAAGCUGAAUCCCAUCAUAUAUAUCUACACUUUUCCAGAACUGAAUAAACUGACAGAAUUAAAAGGUAAUGCUCAGCUGGACUACACCUUACUUGCAUUUAGUUUCACAGGCCCAUAUCUAGCCAGUUACUCUUCAAUCCCAGAAUUUGUUCUUUCAGUAUGGAACUGGCAAGAAAAUAGACUCUUGUGCAGUGAGUCUCAGCCAGGGGUAACAGCGACCUCUUUAAGUUUUAACCCUAUGAAUUGGCAACAACUGUGUUUUGUUAAUGAGAGCUCCAUUACUAUCUGGCAUAUUGAAAAGAAUAAUGAUGAGCAUCACCUUAAGCGAAACCCUGUGAAGCUCCCUGAUGAACAAGGGUCCGUGAGUCCUCAGGAGGAUUUGUUUUUCCCAGUUACCCGUAGUGAAGAUCCAUACCAUGGCCCUGAUUUGCCAGUUUCAGCCGUUGCUGGACUGGUAGGAGAUGAAGUAGAAACAUUCAUGCCUAGAAAUUAUAUUAAGCCUUCAGUGCAUCCUACUGCCCACUGCUGGACUGCAACCUCAGAAAUUUACAUGGGCUGUAAAGAAGGGUAUGUUUUGGCAAUCGAUGCUGAGACAUGCAGUGUUUCUGUUCUUCAACAAAAACCUCCACCUGAAUACAUGUGUAAAGUAUCGGACAUGGUGUCCUGUGUUUGUAGAGAAGAACAGAAAAGGAAAGGUGGCAAACCAAAGGAUCUGCAAAACCCAGUUUUAUUUGCUAUGGCAUUUUGUAACGAGGGACUGUACGCAGCUGGAAGUGAGGGCAUUUUGUUGUUUUAUCACAUCAAAGGUCUGCAGUAUGAGCUGAAAAUCUGCACUGAUAUCUUACAACCCAUAUCCAGCCUCAUAUUCUCUCCUGAUUACACCGUUCUUCUGCUUGUCACUGACCAGGGGACAGUCUAUACUUACAAACCUGUCCACAGUGGAGAAGCUGUCAAACUCCUGGACACAUGCAGCAGUUGUUUUCUGGCAGCUGAUUUUCUUACUCCAGGGAACAAGUACUGUGUGUCUGUAACAAUUUCAGGUGAAGUACAAGUUUGGUUCCUGGAAGACGGAACUUGCCUCAGCAAGCUAAACCUUGAUAUUGAGGCAACUGCUGUGGCUUGCUGUCCCUCCUCCAACAGUGUUGCUGUAGGGACCAAAGGAGGUCAAAUCUAUUUCCUUGAUGUUACCAAAGUUGAAGCUCCACGGGUUGUUCACAGAAUUUUUCUUUCCAAAUUUCCAGUGAUGUCUUUGCAUUAUGAUCAGAGUGGCCAGUUCCUCAUCGCUAGAGCUACAGAAGGACAUAUCUUUAUUCUAGAUGCCCGACCUUCAAAAUUAUUCCAAGUUCUUGGAUAUGUAGUGCUGGCAGAUGAAGUGCUGGAUCUUUCUGUAGUUUCUGACUUCAAGAAUGACUUAGUUGAAGUAGUGGUACUUCUUCAUGUAGCAGAGGUCCAGCGAGCAAGACUGGAAAUUUUUUGUCUAUCUUCAGCACUCACAACAGAUAAUGACAAGUAUGUUAAUGAGCAAGGAAUGCUUAAUGCUAGUGCCAUUAAAAAGGGGCAAUAUGAUCUGGAUUACCCUUUGAGCUCAGCAGUCAGAUUGAAGGAUAACAUUGUGUAUGGCUACUGUACCUGUGCACCUUUCAUCUGUAAAUACCAUCUCUCUGAAGAGAAUAUGUUGGAAUCUCCAUCAGUAUUUUUGUCAGAAAAGAGGACUCCUAGCAAUCAAUUUGGAUCAGGUUUCCUCUGUUUAUCACCCAACAGCCGGUGGCUGGCAUCAGCAGCAAAGGAUGGUGUUUUGUUCAUCUAUCAUACUUUUACUAUGGAUAUACUUGCUCAAAAGCAUUGUCAGUCAUAUCAAGGAGGGGGAAUCAGAUCCGUGGUAUUUUCACUGGAUGGCAAAUUCAUCCUCGUUAAUGGCGAAACUGAUGGUGCCCUAGUGUGUCUGAAAUGGAAGUAUGAGGUGCCACUUAAAUCUUCCAGUGUAGAGGUGACAGAAGAAGAUGGAAAUGUCACCAGUUUGUAUUCAGCCAGUACCAAUGACAUGACAUGGAUUGGUCAGAAAAUAAAGAAGGUCAUUAGAGAAGAGACUCAGAGGUUUGCUAACCAGAAGAAAGAGCUGCAAAUGGGAAUUAAAAAGCUGCGUAAAACUAUUCAGAAAAUGAUACGUGAAAACGAACAAGUGCCAGACAUUGAGAAACUGGAGCAGCAGGAGUUCAACCUGGAUGUAGAAGAACAGGAAAGAGCGCAAGCAGAGGCUGAACAAGAAGUGGCCAGGGUGAGGAAGGAGAUUGAGAUGGAGAAUUUAGCCAACCGCUAUUUGCAGGAUGUCAUCAAGCGUGAGUGCUGGGAUGCUAUGUGUGUAAAAGGACGUGCAGUUAAGUGCUUCCAUAUGGCUUGUGAAGUAAAGAAUUAUCCACUGAAGGAACGUAGUGAAGAAGAGCUGGAAACUUUGGAGAAAGUUCUCCAGUUAAAGAAGAUUGAGACAGCUGGCCUUGAGGUUCAGAAGAAAAAUCUUGACACUGAGUCUGAGACUGUAUUAUCCAAGGAAGAAGGAGAGAAGGCAGAAGAUGUAAUGGCUGAUGACAGUACAUCUUACUCCCUGAUUGGAAGUCUGAGCUCUCAGUAUGGUGGAGACACAUCUAUCCUACACCAUCAAUGGGACUUGCACACCAGGGAGCAGAAAGUCAGUCAGAUAGUAUUAUUGAAGGACAUCAUUUACAAAGUGAAAACUGCUUUUAAUAAGGAAUUUGACAUAGUUGCACGACAAAAGGAGCAGGAGAUAGCACAAGUGAAAGAAAGAAACCUGAGGAUCCGAGAAAUCUUGGCACAACUUGACCUCCAGGUGGAAGUGUGGGAGCCAGCUCUUACAGAUGAUGAGAUACCAGAGCGAGCACUCACUGUUCAGGAUUCAGAGAUUAAAGUUGAAAAAUUCUUGACUCAACAAGAGAAAGAGAAAGCAGAAAUUCUGGCUAAGCUUGAAAUGGAAAGACGCCUUGCUGCUACGGUACUUAAAGACAAUGAAAGACUGCGUGCUCUUGAUGACAUCAUGGGUGGAGUGCUAGAAGUCAAAAAGGAAGACAUCUUGAAAAUGGAUAUUCCUCCACCUCCUUUUAUAUCCAAGCCUGAGCAUGUUUGGAAUGAUGAAGAAAAGAAAAUAUUUAGAGAACACGAGAAAAAAGUCAAGGAGCUGAAUGAAGCAAAAGAAAAGUAUAGAAGGGCACUAGAAAGUGAAUUGAAGAAACUUGAAGUUUCCAUCCAGGAAACCACACAUAAUUUUGAUGAGACUGUGUGCAAACUCUCUGAAAGGAAAGUGAAAUUAGAGAUGGUCAUCUAUCAGGAAGAACUCAAAAUAGUCAAUCUCAUUUAUGCUUUACUGUUGGAUGAAGAGUUGGACACUAGAGAAGCUGGGCUUCGUAAUUUCCUUGUGAAGAAGGAGAAAGAGAAAGUCAAGACUGCAAGAACAAUCCAGAGUACAAAAAAUAAAAUUGAGGCUUACACAGACACCUAUGAAAAUGCAAGAGUUGAAGAGAAGAAUCUGGAAUGUGAUUUUGCAAAGGAGUUUGCUGAUGUACCUGCCAAUCUCCUUGAUGAACUUUUCCAACUUUACAAACAUCGACCAAAGACCCCAAUGAGAGAAAUGCUCCGAGACACAGCUAACCCGUAUGGGGAUUGUUCAGGCUCAGCUGAAGAUUACAAAGAUGCACUUACCCUUUUAAUGAAAGCCAUGGAUGAACUGGAUAGUCCUGAGCACGUGCCUAAUGGCUUAGACCUGUCUAUAUGGGAACGUUUUUGUCUAGCCAGACGAAAUAAAAUGGAGAGUGAGGAGCUGGUGAAAUGGAAGGCCCUAACACUGGCAGAAAUGCAGGCCUUUCUCCAGAGGAGAAUGGGUGACAAUGAGAAGAUUAAGUCAGAAAUAGAAGACAUUUUCCAAGAACUCACUUGGCUGCGGGAGGAGAAGAUGAAACUUCAAUUGAAUUUGACUGUCCAGUUUUUGCUAAAACAAGGACAGGUGGAAUUAGAAAGUACUGAGAUCCCAGACUACACUGAUGCCAUUCUCAUUAAUAAGAGUGUUAUUGAAGAACUGAAUUGCUCUAUCAUGGCUCAAGUAGAAAAAAAAAUUGCUAACAUGGUGAAAUGUAAAGACUUCUCUAAAGGGAUAUUUCAGCUGGAAUGGGAACACAAGAAAAUGAGAAUGCAGAUAGAAGAUCUGAAACAGAAGGCUCAGGAUAUUGUAACACUUCCUAUUUCAAAAGAUCACCAGCUAUUCCUAACUGUGCUGAACUACGACAGCCACGUUGCCCACCACAUUUCAGUUAUGGAGCAGACCCUUGGCGUCAUGGAUAAGCUGCACAAGAAGAAUGUGAAGAACCGUCAGAAAAGAAUUAAAGAGUUGGAGAAGUGCAUCAGUUUAAAAGAGCAAGCAAACUACGAGCUCAGCCUGGAGCUGAAAGAAAUGCUUGUCUCUGUUUCAGAAAGGAGGCAUAUCUUUGAGGCAGCUGACACAGAGCCUGUUUCUAAAAAGAUUGCAAAGCAGCGUUACCAAGAGAUUUUGAAGCAGAAACACCUACGGGGUCUUGUAAAGGAACAGGAAGAACAGUUUGAAAUUCUUCAGGCAGAAGUUGAAAGAUUGAGAUCAAGAACAUUACCUAUUCUUUAA